UCAGCUGGGCGUGUCAUGAUUCAGCAGCCGCUCGCUGCUUCGCCCUCCACUGUCAGGUGACGUCACGUGGAAUAGAACACCGUAUUCCGCUUGUACCGAAUGUUUAGCGUAUUGGGCAGCGACCCAGGAGACACGAGCUCGGAAGAGGAUCCCUGCUAGCGAGGCCUCACAGACGUAGACCUUCCGGUGUUGAGGCCGCUGGAGCGACGACGGGAGGAGCUGCAGUUGUCGUCUUCAGCUGGAUCUCAGAGGACGUUAUUCAGGGUUCCACGCCUGUCUCGAUGUGCCAGGCCUCAGACGUGUGCGAGUUAAGGACUCAACCAUCACCUGCUCAGCCGUGUCAUCCCAACCUCCCGCAUUUCCGCGUUGGCCGUUCGAUGUCCCGGCAGCCUCACUCCCGGGUGAUGCGUAUCUAAUGUCCACUCUGGUGUUCCCUGCUGCGAUGCCCACCAUGGUCUCCAGGUUACCAAAGUUUGGCUUUCGGCCCAAACAACCAUCAUCGUCCAUCUGUAAUGGCCCCAUUGCUACCAGCAGCCCACCAAAGAACGGAUUUUACCACCACCCAGGUCCAGCUGAGGGUGAUGGUGACAACACUACACACACCGUAUCCAUCAAGCAGAAUGGCUUCCUCAGGGUCCCGACAUCUUUGUCUCUGAAAUGGAAGAAAGAACGGCCUAAUGAUGAAGUGACAGGACAUGUAGUUGCAAGACACAACCAGAACCGGAAUAAUGCUCAACAGGAAGUCAGACCUCCACAAAAAUCUCUGUUGGUCCCACAGCGUAGAGUUGAGAAACCCAGAGGAAAGAGUGUUGCCCCCACCCAGCCUGGAAGACCCUCGGCACGGUCACCACUGCCUGGUACCAGAACACAUCCUGGCUUCACCAAUAAAUCCAAUGGUUUGAAAUCGUCUUCCACACAAAUAAACGAAUCAAAACAAAACUCCAGUGGAUCCUAUGGAAUCAAAGCUCAGGGUGGGUCUUUGCUGAGGCCUCUUCAGACAAAAACGCCAGCUAGUCGCUCUCAGUCCAGUGACAACCUUCGUCAUGCUUUGCCCCCCCAUCUAACUGAAAGUGAUCGACAUCGCUCUCUAAGUCUGACACAGGUCCGGCCCCAGCCAUCACCCCCUUCCUCUACAGUCCCUAUUGGGCAAAAAGGUUUUCAAGGUCCAGCUGCUCAGCACCAUUACACGACUCAGAAAGGAAGAGAAGUUAAAGUUCCUGCCAAGUCUGGGCUGCGUCCCCCUAACACCCUGAAGAAGGCCCUCCUUCCUACCCUUGUCUCUGCCCCUAAAACAAACGGCAUUAGCUACAAACUGUCCCGUCCGUCUCUCAAUAAACCUCGACCCCUCAGAGCAACGUCACAUGGAGAUCAAGAAGUCAACAAAUCCCAGACACUCUCGACGGAGGCAUCAACUGAGACGGGUGCAGUCUCCCUGGAUGAUACGGAGUCCUCUGGUACCUCAACAGUUCCAGAAUCUCACCUGGAUGUGUCUGUGGUCGGGGACUGUCGGGACAUGUCUCUGUCUUCCACCUCUUCUCUGGAGCAGCCAGAAACCAGCCCUGAUCUGCAGGAUGAUCUGGACCAGUUGGGCAAUGACGUCGCACUUUUUCUCUCCACCAAAAAUGAAGAGGAGGACUCGGGUCUGGACCGAUCCAGCACCAGGUUCGACGAUGACAAGCUUUCAGUUAAUGGUGUUACCAUGGCUACUGGACUCAGUUUUCUGGAUGAUGGACUGGACUGGACUGACACUUCUGGCACCGGUGAAACUGGUGUGAACCCACUCUCCAGCCUACGAAGGUCCAGUCAGGAUGAGCAAGACCAGGCGGGGUCGUCCCUGGACCUGUCUCCCUCUGACAGCUGUGGAUCAGGGGGAACCUAUAUGUGGGAUGAGGAAGGCCUGGAGCCACUAGGGGGCGCCACCAACGCCACCAGUCAUCACAUCGGAAGCUUUGACUCUGACAUUAAUAGCAUCGAGAUGAUGACAGGCCUGGACUCUGCAGACCUUGAGGAAGAUGACUUGAUGCUGGAUACAGAUCUGCUGGAGGAGGACUCUCUGACUACAGACGGAGAUGGAAUGACCCACAUGGCAGAGUGGAGGCGGAGACAACUCUGUUGGACGCAGGAUGUUACCAAUGACAACCAGUGUGAGAAGAAAGACCCAGUGCUGGAAGAAGACCUGAUCCUGAACUUGCAGCCUCCGAGAUAUACUAAUCUCUCCACUGGUUCUGGUCUUGGUCUGGAUGUGGAGGAGUUGGUCGAAGAUUGUUCCUCAAUUUGCUGUCAGUUGGAGUAUCUCAAAGAAUUAUUGCUGCAGGAGAAGAAUGCAGAAGAAAAAGUCCUGACACCUGACGCCCUGAUUCCAGGACCGACAGAGACAACUCAGGCCCAAGUGGAGUCUCUCCAGCAGGAGGUGCUGCAGCUCAAAGAAGAGUUGCGGAGUCGUGACAGAACCAUCAGUCAGCUGAUGAUGAAACUGUCUGUUCCCACUGCGACCACAAGAUGUCGAUGUCAGGAGUCAAGAUCAGAUCAACAGACACAGACGACUGAGAAGACCGAGAGUGUUGGCUUGCAGACAUCUUGGAAAGAGCAGACGUCUCAGGUACUUAAGUCCUCAGACACGGACUCAGUGAAGGUCCAGGCUCCGACCGGCCAGAAUUCUAACCAGAAGAGGAGUCUUCUUCAGCCCUCCAAGAAUCACCUCUUCCUCUCCAAGAGGUCCAUUUCCUCAGACUCUCCUUCGAAGGCCAAACUGACCCACCACAAGUCGGCUCCCCCCGGCUUGGGCAACUGCUCUCUCUUCAGGCCGAGUAGGUAAAUGGACCGCCCACCCCACAUCCCCAUCCUGACAACCAACCAAGGUUUGUUUCAUGUAAACGUGUUUAUGUAGUCUGUAACUGACGUUUGAGGUUUUAACUACAAGUGUUCAACUGUUUUUCUGCACGGAUCCAAUACACUGUUAUUUAUUUAGAAAAAUGACAUACUCACGACAUCCAUGGUUUUGUUCGUGGUGUCCCUGUUGCUGAGUCUGUUGUUGUUUCUGUUGCUUUAGCAGGAACAGAAACUGUUAAGCAGGCACGUCCAGGUCAUGUAUUGCUUCACUGUUAAAUUGAAAUAAAGAUCUUUUGGUUUUAAACCACAAAUGACCUGUAAAGAAAUGCCAAGAAUGUGACCUAAUAGAUUAGUCAGCGAUGAAAGACCUGCACUAGGCUACUCAUUUCAUCUGCCACUGACAUGCUAACACUCACGCUAUUGAAGUAUAUUGACUUGCAUUUGAGGUUUAAUAAAAACAGUUUUCUGACUUAUUUAUUUAUUUAAGGUGAGAGGCUUCCAGGAUAUAUUUAUUUGUUGGUUUAUUCUUGAAAACGUAUUGAAUGACUGACGAUUCAAGUAUCAGAAGUCUGUACUUUAAAAGUGUCUUAUUAAGACUGAGGCGUUUUCUGUUAUUGUUCCGUGAUAGGAAAAAAACGAUGCAAUGAAACAAUAAGCAAAAACAAAAGAAAACUAAAACAUUGGAAUAGGAUUGUGGCGAUCAAGAACGAUUGUCAGAAAUGUGCAUUUGAAGUUUUUUAGAGACUAAGCCUCCUUAAGUGUCUAAAACAAGUCAUCAUAUGUAAUUUAUUGUUUGCUGCGUUGAAGAUGAAUAUUUAAAUUAAUUGUCUUGAUGCGUUCAACUAAUUGAAUAAUCUUCUUUUUCUUUACAAACUUGAACUUCUCUCUUCCAGAGAGACCUUAUUUUGAAAACUUGAAUCGCAGGUCUUAAUGUUGGUAGCUCCCAGCUGACUUUUGAGUGCAAUAACGGUGUCUUUUUUUUUUCUGUCGUACACUGCUGUAACUACUGUUGACUGUAAGACGCACUUUAAACCUUUUAAAUAAAAGCAUAUGGCCAACGGGAAA